AGCAGAUGCGUCGGCGAGGACGGUCACCAUUUACCAGUGCAGAGGCGGUACUUCGCAUUAAGUCGCUAGCACCGAAGGAUGCUUCUGGGAUUAAUGAACAAGUUACUGCGGUUUAUUACUGAGAGUCCUAAUAAAAAACCUAAGGAUGAUCAUUAAAAGGGAAUGAAAUGUCGCUUGGUUUGAAAUGAGCUAGGGUGAAACGCAACUAAUGGUGCACUACUUGGGAAACAAGCUCCGGCGCGAACAGGUUCAGAAUUCUUUACAUGUAUUUUUUAAAGAAUAAAAUAUUUUAAAAGCCGCAUACCGAUAUAAAUCCAUCAAAAAUCGUUAUGCGGCUGAAGAUCAUUUUCUGGAAAACCGUGAAGAUGUAGCCUAUGUUACCUUGUAAACUUUAUCGAUUUCGGCAAUAACUUACAAUGUUUCAAAGCCUAGUAAGCUACUUUAUUAUAAAAAUGCGAGGUAAAAGUAUGGAGUAAAUGAUGGGUUAACACCCUGGCGUAGAGCGACAAAAACAUUCACGAAGAAGCAGAAAUUGAAGUUAUGAUAGAAUUACCUGGGGAGCGAGGUCACUUUCAGAAAGCGCUCCUGAAAUAUUGAAAUAAACACACGUGUGCGUUUUGUAUGAAACAAAUCCGUGCCAUUUUUUCCUGGAGGGAGAGUAAGCAGCGGUCUUAUCUUUGCAUGGAACAUUCAACUGCGGAGGGCAUGAUUAUAAUGGAAAUAAGCACUGGAUUCUCUGGGAGAAGGAGCUUCUAAUGUGUCUGGUCACAUUGGUGCUGGUCAGACAUUUACUCUGUCGUCUGACAUCACCCCCUUUGCACACCUGGCCGAGUCCUACCCCCAUCAUGGAGAGCUUGAGCGAGCUGCAGAACCCCCUUCUGGAUAAAAGCAGCAUGCACGUGGGGGAGGGAAGAUACAACUAUCAGGGCGACUUCUCCAGCAGCCAGUACCAAGAGAAUAUCAUCAACUACUUUGUGGCGGGAAGCUGUGGCAGUAGCAAGGCCAAAGCCCAGCAGCUGCUGGAUGCCACGUCUCUACACCUGGCUGUUGAAGCCUUCUACAGGCCCGACUUCAUUCUAUACAAAGACAACCUCAAUCUGAAAAACAGCAACUUAAACAGCGAGUGCUGUGAGACGACCUUCACAGAGGACAAGAAUGCAGCAGCAGACGUUGAUGGCUCUGAGGAACCUCAGGUUGGAUUGGCGGGAGAGUGCAAUGGUAAAAUCCAGACAGUGUCUUAUGAAGUGGAGGAGGAAGACUACCUGGAGUGUGAGAGUGACGGCUCCAGUGACAGUGAGAGUGAAGACAACUUUGUUGUGGCGCCCCCUAGAGAUCACCUGGGCCUGGCCAUCUUCUCCAUGCUCUGCUGCUUCUGGCCUCUGGGCAUCGCAGCCUUCUACUUCUCGCAGGGGACUAGCAAGGCCGUCACAAAGGGAGACUUUCCGCUGGCAAGCACAGCAUCCCGAAGGGCCCUUUUCCUAGCUGCCCUCUCCAUCACCGUUGGCACCGGAGUACUCAACAGGAGACCUGCAGCAAGAUUUAAUGAGAACGCAAUCUGCCAGGUUCUGUUCUGUGAGGAGCCUGAAUGUAAUAUCGGCUGCACUGGUAAACUGCAUAAUCUGUAUAAAAUGUCAAAGGUGUCAUUGUCUGAGUUGUUUUUUUUUCUUUUGGAAAUAUCAUGUAUUUGUUUAUAUCUGGAAGUAAAACAAAUUCUUAUUCAGUUACAGAUUACUAAUAUAUAUUCAUAUAUUGUGAAAUUGUGGAAAAACUCUCACCUUGGACAGAUAAUACUAAGAUGAAUAAGUCACUUGUUGUGUAAUUGAAAUAACCAUUAAAUAAAGUUGCUAUAAAUUAAA